GGAGCGGCGCUUCCGCCUUUAUGUUAGCGGUGGUGAAGAGUGUGGGGGAUACGGAGAGGAGGCAGCUCUGUCUCUGUCUGUCUGUCCCCGGGGAUGUCGGAGGCCGAGUGCAGGCAGUGGAUCCUGGACACUAUUGACUCUCUGCGGAGCCGUAAGGCUCGGCCGGACCUGGAACGGAUCUGUAAGAUGGUACAGCGGAGACACGGGCUGGCUCCGAGCCGUACCCGGCGCCAGCUGGACCGGCUGCUCCGCUCCCGCACCGUGCUCCGAGUCAGCUACAAGGGCUCCCACUCUUACCGCAUCGCCGCGCAAUGGCAGCCCGGGGCCGGGCACAGCCGGGAGCGGAAACAGGAGCAGGAGCAGCCGCAGCCCCGCACCGUGCUGACCCGAGCCCGGCUCCGGGGAGCCCGUGAGCAGCAACAGCUCCGCCGGCCCGCGGGCAGGAGGAGGGUGGUCCCGGAGACAGGCACCAGCUCCGAGCGCAAGAAGACCAGGAGAUCCAAAGAAGCUGAUUUGACAGAUGAUGGGACUGAUGACGAUGCUUCCAUGGAGGAUCAGGAACUCUGGGACCAAGCUUUUGAUGGUCCCAACAUGGAACAGUCUAUCGCUGACUCUGUGAGUGAAGACCAUAAUGCCAAAGAGACUCCUGACAAAUUGCCUCAAGGUUGUCCCACUGAAGAGAUCGCUAAGGAACUAUCCACUGGCAAACUGGCUGAAACUUCUUUGGAUGUGGAGCAGAGCCCUUCGUAUCAUCCCACCAUUGAGUGCAAGGAUGUUAUUGAUGCUGAGAUGAUGCUCAAUGCUGAGGAUCUCAAUACUAUGCAAAAGCGACUCUCUUCAGAUGAUGCCAGAGAUACUGUCUCUUCUGAAGAGCCAGCUGCUAUAGAGGAGAACUACAGUGAAGAACGCUCCCAAGAAACUUACACUAUUCGAGGGGAACCUGAACUUGAGCCUGUGCCAAGUGAACAACUGAGACCUGAGCUCUCUAAUUCUGGUGAGGGGUCACAGCAGAUGGAGGAUAGACACCACAAUGAAUGUGACCAACUGACCUGCCUGCAGGGAGUAGCCAAAAUGACUGAAGAUCCUUCGCUGUCCAAAGACUGCAGUUCCACCAACGCAGACAAUUGCUUGGACAGUAUGCUGCUAGACCAGACUCCUGCAGUCAAUCCAAACCUGAAACAUGAAACAGUGGAGAAUGUGGUAGAUUUAAGCGCUGACCCCAGAGACUCGGUUCCUGAGGUUAGUGGAGCCUCGUGUCUUCUAACACCGUCAGCAUCACCAAUAGACAUGGUCCCUGAAGAGCAUGGCCCCACAGACCGAAGCCUCUUGGAAGAGAAUGGGAAGCCUGUCGAUCCGACUGAAUGGAGCAUUGCUGAUGUGGUGAAUUAUUUUAAAGAGGCAGGAUUCCCAGAGCAGGCUGCUGCUUUCGAGGAUCAGGAGAUUGAUGGCAAGUCUCUGCUCCUGAUGAAGAGGAAUGAUGUUUUGACGGGACUGGCGAUUAAACUGGGCCCUGCACUAAAGAUAUAUGAAUAUCACAUCAAGGUGCUGCAGUUACAGCAUUUUAACAAUGAAGCUCCUUCGUCCUGAUGAGUGACUGCCUUUGGUAGCAGAUUAUAUGUCCUGCACACCCAGCUUCCAUCUGCACACAUUCCACUGCAGCCUCACUUUAACAUAUUCCCAAAUUGAAUUCAUUUGAUUUUUUAUUUUUUUAUUAUGAACGGAGGAAUGCCAGCUGGAAUGAGAUGUUUGUUUAAGAAGUAAAAGUGUUGGUCUUGUAUAAAGUAGGGCUGGGGCAUGUUUGAAGCCUUUCUACCACUGUCUGACCCACACUGCACUCAAAUCUCCCUUCCCCCCUGGUGUAGCUGAGCUCUGAGUGCCGGGCUUAUUCCAGGAUCUUGUCACCUUGUCUGACAGAAAGAAAUGACCUUGCUCCCCAGUGUGACGCGAGUGUGCCAUGCUGCAAUGGGACUGAAGUGCUGCUCAAACAUAGGAGUGGGGCUGUCAGCAAAACUCGCCCGUCAUCCUGUUUGACAGGAUACAAGAAGCGCCAUGGUUCACACGAAGAGGGAAUAUGUAUUUUUCUUGCACGCAUCCAGAGGAUUGGAAACUAAGAAGCAAAGGUUUUUGAAAAGCUCCGUGCAAUCGGGUGGUAACUGGCAGUUCAGUUGUAGCUUCCUAAGGUGACCAGUCAUCUCUUUGUUGGGCCUAUAGCUUAUGGAACAGUUGGAUUGUUAUAAACGUUGUCCCCAUGCUCUGUCUUAUUACAAUUACACCCUCUUGAAUUAAUCUCGUGGGAGUUUUGCUGUAGUUGUUACUGGUGCUAGGAGUGUUGUAUACUUUAAAAGUUUUAUUAUAUGAGACAUUAUUUGUAUGUUCCAAGAUGCAACAAAAGCCUUAACUUGUAAUCCUGUGAGCUGGAGUUCUAACUGCUUGCUCACACUUGCAGGACUUCGUAUAUUGGCAAAUGAAUCUGCAGAACAAAAAAGACUAUUUAAUUCAGGACUUUGCACUUCAGGUCAACUUUUACAUUCAAAAAUUCUUUUGUCCGUGCUUUCAGAGAAUCCUGGCUAAUGUAAUCCAAUCAUUUUGUUACAUUUUGUGCACUUGUGUUGCAGCAUCACCACUGGCAGGGAGAUGUGAUGACAAUGUGACGUGUUUACAUAGUCAGUUUCCAUUGUAAAUGUGGGCAUAAGAAUUUAUAAUACAAUAAAAUACAGCAAAGGAUCAGGCCCUUCAGCCCAUUAAGCCUUUACUGAUUCCUAAUCAUUACUUAGACCCGCUACUUAUUGUCCACGCGUGGUAUCUGUCCCUCUGUUUGCCUCACAGAGAGAAAAGAUAUACCUCUGAAUUGGGGACUACAUUAACUUCUGUGUGCUCUGAUCCUGUUAAUCCUCCAGACGCUCACCCUGUGGUGCUGAAAAAGCACAGCUGGUCAGGCAACAUCCAAGGAGGAGGUGAAUCGACAUUUCACGCAUAAGCCCUUCACAGCAAUGAGACGUCUGGACCUGGGGGCUGAGAGAUAAUUAGGAGGGGACUGUGACUGGGGGGAAUGUUAGCUGAGAAUGCAAUAGGUAGAUUAAGGUGGGGGAGUAAGUGAUAGGUCGGAGAGGAGGGUGGAGCGGGUAGAUGAGAAAGGCAGUGGACGGGUCAAGAGGGUGGUGCCGAGUUGGAGGCUUGGACCAGGAUAAAGUAGGGGGAAGGGAAAUGAGGAAACUGGUGAAAUCUACAUUAAUCCAGUGUGGUUGCAGGGUCCCAAGGUGGAAGAUGAGGCGUUCUUCCUCCAGGUGUCUGGUGGUUAAGAUUUGGGGAUGGAGGAGGCCCAGGACCUACAUGUCCUUGGAGUGGGAGGGAGAGUUAAAGUGUUCAACAUGAGGCGGUGGGAAGUGCAAAACCUGUGCCCACACCAUCCCCCCUCACCCCCAUCCAAGGCCGCAAAGGAUCCUUCCUCAUCCGGCAGAUAUUUCCCUCCCCUCCCCUAUCAGUAUUCCGGAGAGACUGUUCCCUCCGCAAUUCCCUUGUCAGAUCCACAUUAGAUUAGAUUAGAUUACUUACAGUGUGGAAACAGGCCCUUCGGCCCAACAAGUCCACACCGACCCGCCGAAGCGCAACCCACCCAUACCCCUACAUUUACCCCUGACCUAACACUACGGGGAAUUUAGCAUGGCCAAUUCACCUGACCAGCACAUCUUUGGACUGUGUGAGGAAACCGGAGCACCCGAAGGAAACCCACGCAGACACAGGGAGAACGUGCAAACUGCACACAGUCGCCUGAGUCGGGAAUUGAACGCGGGUCUCAGGCGCUUUGAGACAGCAGUGCUAACCACUGUGCCACCGUGCCGCCCACAUCCCCCACUAUUCCACACCCCACUCCUGACACCUUCCCCUGCCACUCCAGGAAGUGCAAAACGUUCGCCCACACCUCCCCCUUCACCCCCAUCCAAGACUGCAGAGGAUCCUUCCUCAUCUGGCAGAUAUUUCCCUCCCUUCCCCUAUCAGCAUUCCAGAGAGACUAUUCCCUCUGCAAUUCCCUUGUCAGAUCCACAUCCCCCACCAUUCCACACCCCACAUCUGACCCCUUCCCCUGCCGCUGCAGGAAGUGCAAAACAUUCGCCCACACCUCCCCCCCUCACCUCCGUCCAAGGCCCCAAAGGAUCCUUUCACAUCCAACAGAAAUUCACUUGUACCUCCGCAAAUGUCAUCUACUGUAUCUGUUGAGACCGAUGUGGUCUCCUUUACACCGGGGAGACCAGAUGCCAACUUGCAGGUCGUUUCAGAGAGCAUCUCUGGGACACCCGCACCAACCAACCCCACAUCCUGUGACUGAACAUUUCAACUCCCCUUCCACUCCACUAAGGACAUAGAGGUUCUGGGCCUCCUCCAUUGCCAAACUCUAACCUCCCAACACUUGGAGGAAGACUGCCUCAACUUCCCCCUUGCAACCACAUGGGAUUAAUGUGGAUUUCAACAGUUUCCUCAUUUCCCUCUACCAACCUUAUCCCAGUCCCAAGCUUCCACCUCGGCACCACCCUCUUGGCCUGUCCAUCGUCUUUCCCAUCUAUCCAUUCGACCCUCCUCUCCGACUUAUCACCUUCUCCCCCAUCUUCAUUUGCCUAUUGCAUGCUCCACAGCACCCCCCCCCCACCCCCAAUUUAUCUCUCAACCCAGCCCCCCAGCCCACAAGUGAUGAAGAUCUUAUGUCCAAAACAUCAAUUCUCCUGCUCCUCGGAUGCUGUGUUUUUCCAACACCACACUCUUGACUCUGAUGUCCAGCAUCUGCAGUCCUCACUUUCUCCUAGACUCUCAUCCUGCUCAGUUUGAAACCGAAAACUAAGUUCUUGUGUUAUCUCGUGGAUGAACUUGAAUUCAGUUUUGCUCUGGGAAAGUAACUGAUAUAGCCACUUCAUUGUUUUUAGCGGAUUAAUUUCUUGUCAGUCUAUUUUUGGCGUGAGGAGCCAUUUUAAAUUUUAUACUAUGCCUGAGCAAAAUUUGACUUCAAAGUGGUUCUGUUCAUGUGCAGGAUUUCUAUCCUAUGUUGAGAUGAUCAGUUGAAAGUGUGACUUUUUUUUAGACUUUUUCUGUUUAGUUAAACGCUUGAGUUAAACAGGUUAUCCUGUGACCUUCCACUGAUUUUCCCCAUCAGUCUUUCCACAUGUUUUGGCUUAUUCUCUACUUGCCUUGCAGCAGGAACCCUUUCACAGGCUGUUACCUCCGGCGGUGGUUCAUUUGCAGAUCCGAGGAAUAGGUUUGAAAAUUACUAAACCAGAAGGUGCCUUUGCUAGUUAAGCUUGUAAAAGUUGAAGGUUACAGGGUAUUUUGUUACUUUCGAUUUAACUGGCUACUGUUCAUUAAUUGUCCUAUGUGAGAAUUGCUUCUUUAAAGCUACAGAAAUGGGAAACCAAUUUGUGGUGUCAGGGCCACAGGUUAUCUUACAGUACAUUUGCAGAAUUCAUGGAGUUGGAUGGAGCAGGGAAGAUCUUGACUUGAAAGUAAUCCAACUGGGUUCAGGUACACACACCGUUUAGCAUCUUUAUGGCAGCAAGCACUCUGCUUGUACAGCACAUGAAGAUGUGACGCAAUGUAUGGCUAAACUAGGGGCUAUUUGUUGGUGGGUUCAUGGGACAGCUAAUAUCUCAUUAGUCAGACGGCAUUGGAACAGGAGAACGCUGUGCGAUUAAAUGACAAUGGAUCUGUAUUUUGACCCCCAUCUACCCAACAUGGUUCCACAUCACUUUAUAAUUUUAAUCAACAAAUGUCUCCUUAGUCUCAGUCUCCAGUGAGCUUUUUGAGGGAGCAAGUUCCAAAUUUAUACCACCCUUUGUCUGAAGAGUUACUUCUCAACGUCACCACUCUGAUAUUAACAAAAUCCCUUGUUCUGGACAUUCGCCAGCAGAGAAUGUAGUCAUGGUGGUCAUGACUUUUAUCAAUGAGGGCAGUCUGACCCAAAGUUAGGACCCAGGCUGGAGGUGAGGGUUUUAAAGGUAGGAGGGCAAGUUGAAAAACUGCACUCAUAUUUUAGGAAUUAUUAAAAGGGAUUCAAAAUGAAAAGUUUGCUGCAUUUAUUCCUGUGCAUUAAAGUCUUGUCUAGCUGGAGAAAGAUCAGCUUUCCAUUUGCACUCCACGUGUGCUGUGCUGUUUUCAGAAUUGUUGCUCUCAACUGCCAUACUUGAAUUCCUAUGGUAGCAGGGCUCUAUCCCAGGUGCUCACACAGGUAUGUCCUUUCAUGCUGAACUUCAUUGCUCAGGAGUGCUGCAGGCGGGAGCAGUAAGGUACACGCCUGCAACAAUGGCUUUCCACAUGGCCCCCUGGACCUUUGUGGAAUCUUCCACGGCUACUGUUCCCUUUGUGUAGGGAUGGCAUUCCAGGCUGGUGCUGAGACACUGAGCCCUGCAAACAGCAGCUGUCAAUGCGCUUUACAGAAUAUUUUGUGUGUUUAAAUUGAAUUAUUUUAUUAUAAAGGAGUAACUAAAAGCCAUGUGUUUUGAAUCGAAUGCACAAAAUGAAUGAUAUAGGUUUUUAGAGCUUGUUCUUGCUAAACGAGAUGUUAUCCAGCAAUAAGUAACAAUGUUGAAAUGAAAAGUGUUUAAUAAACUUGUUGAUUCAAAA